AAAAAGUCUUUGCAUUGUAAACAAUGUAGUGUAAUUUCUUAUUUUAUAAGAAUUUUAAUUAAAUUUCGAUAAAUUCAAGGCAUAAUAAUGUCUAAAUUAGUCCACGUAGUAGACGGCGAGGCUUCUGAAUCGGAUUCCGAAAUAGAAAUUGGUAAAUCGCCGUCCCUGAACCUGCAAUCAACGGAGGCAUUUGUUGUUGCCGGAGAAGCCCCGGAGUCUGAUGAUGAGGGCAGGCUGCCAACGCCUGUAAUGCUGCCAGAGCUAGAUGUGCCGCUGCACAUGCCGUUCCAGCCCCUGAACAAACUGCCUGGCUCCCUGCUGCAUCAGAAGUUGUGGGAAUGCAACGUGUCCCUCCGAGCGACUCUGGAGGGUCUGGUGAAGCACACCACCGACAUAGCAGUAGAGAAGCUGACCAGAGCUGACAAGAUGCUGCUUAAUGGACAGGAAAGUAUGCGCGCUACAAACGCAAGCCUGACGCUGGCGCGGGCGCGACUCAAGCAAAUACACACCGAGCUAGAGAACGCUCACUGCAGCAGCGCCUUACCCACUGUUAGGAUACAAUCUACCACAGAACACACACACACAUAAUAAUAUCUCUUACGAAUAAUAAAUCGACUGAGCGUAGCGAGGUCUUUAGAUCAAAUAAAGCCUGCUUAUUACUUAGUUAAAAGGUUAUAUUUAAACGACUUAGGCCAAAGUACAAGGGCUUUAUAACCUGUAGACAGUCUUGUCGCGUUGGCGAUUAGUUAAAUUUUGUUAUUAUAAAUUUUAGUUACAUAUUUUUUGAAAUGUGUAAAUACCUACCACCUACGUGUAAAAAUGUUUCCUUAUAAUAGUUUACGAAGUUAUGUGGUUAUAACAUAUUCUAUGUUUUAUUAAAAA